CUUUGCGUUGUAUCGCGAGAUUAUCUUCCUGCUGUCUAGUUACAGCACUAAAAACUGUCAGUGAGGUUAGAAGGGGUAAGAAUCUCUCAAUUUGGCGACUGCCGUUCAAACAGCGGUGUGAAUGUCCAAAUCUGUGCCUCGGUGUUAUAACAAACGUAACGUGUGACACUGAGGAGAAAAACGGCAGCGUCCUCGUCCAAACUGAACAGGCCGACAGUCUCUGAACUAACGUUAGAACAAACAGUGCAGUAACAAAGCGAGCAAAUGGCGUUGAAAAGAAUCCAGAAGGAACUGACAGACCUACAGAGAGAUCCACCAGCUCAGUGUUCAGCAGGUCCGGUCGGAGAGGACUUGUUUCACUGGCAGGCAACAAUAAUGGGGCCGAAUGACAGUCCAUAUCAAGGAGGGGUUUUCUUCCUUACCAUUCAUUUCCCAACAGACUACCCCUUUAAACCACCAAAGGUCGCAUUCACAACAAAAAUCUACCACCCCAAUAUUAACAGUAACGGAAGUAUUUGUCUGGACAUCCUGCGAUCUCAGUGGUCUCCUGCACUUACUGUAUCCAAAGUCUUGUUGUCUAUCUGCUCCCUGUUAUGUGACCCAAACCCAGAUGACCCGCUGGUACCUGAGAUCGCACAUACAUAUAAAGCAGACAGAGAAAAGUACAACAGACUAGCGAGAGAAUGGACGCAAAAGUACGCCAUGUGAGAGUGCCUGCCACUAAAACACUACAAAAUCAAACGGACAGAGAAAUGUGUUUUUACUUUGAACAAGAGGAGUCAAAAGAAGUGAAUGUUGAGGGGAGGGGACGUCUGAACACCAGACCCUUGGAAGGGAAGCAGAAGGCGGAGGUGAGAGCCGCUGGUACACAUUGGCCGCUAUGUGCUGAAUCCGCUGUCAUGUGAUCCGCCAUCACAACGGCUUAGCCUGGAAAACUCCAGGAAAACUGUAAAACCGGACAAACCUCGGGGUACCACAACCCAGGAAGUUAGACUUGUACUACUGUUAGUUCUCUUAUUACUGUCAUUGUGAUUUUCUCAGUGUUACUGCUGGCGUUCUUACUCUUGUCAUCACAGAAUGAGGAAACAUUGGGCUGAAGUUGGAAUGGCGGCGAGACAGGAUUGAUCACGUCUGAACCAUUGCACCGUCCCUGUGGAAACCAUAGUUGUCUGUGCACUUUUAUUUUUACCGGUUUGCGAUAGAAUGUAAAAAAAUCGGGUGUCAGAAAGACCUUACUGUAGUCUCCGCCUUCCAACUUCCUAACGUUUCAGUGUUAUCCCAUAAAACACCAUGAAUGUGAUUAGGAUAAGGUUGUGUCCCUAUUGAAAAAAUGAGAUUUGAUUUUUGAACAAAUUGAGGUCAUAAAAAUAGUCUAGUGAGUCUAUAUCUUUGAGCGAUU